AGCUGGCCUCCCUCCCUCCGGUGACUGCAGGCCCCCGCACGGGAAGACCUCCGGGCCACAGACGCUCAGGGUCUGGUGUGCCCUGAUCAGUUAUUCUGAUCUGAAGAUUUUGGUGUUUGAGGCAUUAAGAUAAUAGCCUGAAUUGUUCAUGGAGUUUUUCAUCAGUAUGUCUGAAACCAUCAAGUACAAUGACGAUGAUCAUAAAACUCUGUUUCUGAAAACGCUAAACGAACAACGCCUGGAAGGAGAAUUUUGCGAUAUUGCUAUUGUGGUUGAAGAUGUAAAAUUCAGAGCACACAGAUGUGUUCUUGCCGCCUGCAGCACCUACUUUAAAAAGCUUUUUAAGAAGCUUGAGGUGGAUAGUUCUUCCGUAAUAGAAAUAGAUUUUCUCCGUUCUGAUAUAUUUGAGGAGGUACUGAACUACAUGUACACAGCAAAGAUUUCUGUGAAAAAGGAAGAUGUUAACUUAAUGAUGUCUUCCGGUCAGAUCCUUGGCAUCCGGUUUUUGGAUAAACUCUGUUCUCAGAAGCGUGAUGUUUCUAGUCCCGAUGAAAGUAAUGGUCAGUCCAAAAGCAAAUAUUGCCUCAAAAUAAAUCGCCCCAUCGGAGACACCACGGACACUCAGGAUGAUGACGUGGAAGAAAUUGGGGAUCAGGAUGACAGCCCUUCCGAUGACACAGUAGAGGGUACCCCCCCGAGUCAGGAGGAUGGCAAAUCACCCACCACCACGCUCAGGGUGCAGGAAGCAAUCCUGAAAGAGCUGGGGAGCGAGGAGGUUCGGAAAGUCAAUUGCUACGGCCAGGAAGUGGAGUCCAUGGAGACCCCGGAGUCCAAAGAUUUGGGGUCACAGACCCCCCAAGCCUUAACGUUCAAUGACGGCAUGAGCGAGGUAAAAGAUGAACAGACCCCGGGCUGGACCACAGCCGCCAGUGACAUGAAGUUCGAGUACCUGCUGUACGGCCACCAUCGGGAGCAGAUCGCCUGCCAGGCCUGCGGGAAGACCUUCUCCGACGAGGGCCGCCUGCGAAAGCACGAGAAGCUGCACACAGCGGACAGGCCGUUUGUGUGCGAGAUGUGCACGAAGGGCUUCACCACGCAGGCCCACCUGAAGGAGCACCUGAAAAUCCACACUGGCUACAAGCCCUACAGCUGCGAGGUGUGCGGCAAAUCCUUCAUCCGCGCCCCAGACUUGAAGAAGCACGAGCGGGUGCACAGCAAUGAGCGGCCCUUCGCAUGCCACAUGUGUGACAAAGCCUUCAAGCACAAGUCCCACCUCAAGGACCACGAGAGGCGGCACCGAGGGGAGAAGCCCUUCGUGUGCGGCUCCUGCACCAAGGCCUUCGCCAAGGCCUCGGAUCUGAAGCGGCACGAGAACAAUAUGCACAGCGAGAGGAAGCAGGUCACCCCCAGCGCCAUGCAGAGCGAGACGGAGCAGCUGCAGGCGGCUGCCAUGGCCGCAGAGGCCGAGCAGCAGCUGGAAACCAUUGCCUGCAGCUAGGGGCCCCAGAGGUAGAGGCCCGGCCGAAGGCUGGGCUGCUGCAGGCGGUGCUUCUAAGGAAACGUGUGCAGCAUUGCACAGAAGGAUUGGAGGCAGUGUUGGUUGGGUGUCUGCAGCUUGUCAAGGCAGCUUCCUAAGUUGUGACCAAACGGUGGCGCUGUCCUAUCCGAUGUCUAUUCGUGUUGCCAGGAAGCUCCCCUCCCCAUUUUUUAUGAUUUUAAUUUGAGAACUGUGUCCAGUUUAGAAGCGAGGGACUUCCGUUUUUAAUUCCUCUACACUCACUGCGCCGAUGAGUGCCCUGCACAGAGUAAUAAUUGUAUCACCUGAUUUCCUGAUCAUUGUAAUUACAUGGGACUUAUGGUCAAAACAGCAGUUUUAAUAAUUUAAUAAAUGUACUCCUUACAGACACAGAACAUGGCAGUGGGUGGUUGACCAAGAACACUGCGCGGGUGUGAAACCAGGUUCUGAAAAUACAGAAUGGUGUUAGAUUUGUAUUUGGUUUGUUAAUUUUUUAUAUCAUUGUUUUUCACUGUUUAUGUGGACAAAUAAUAGUUGCUUUGCUGAAGGUUUCUUCACCUGUUUUGAUUGCUCCCCGAAAGCUGUAGGUGCAAGUUCAGGAGGCUGUACCAGCCCGCCAGGACAUCGGUGGUCUUGGCUGAGGUCCGAGGCCCUCUCAUUUGGGCCCUGCGACCUGCACUGGCAGAGCUCUGCCGCAUGGACCAGGGGGAGAAGAGCAGACAAGGCCUCAGCGACAGGAUUCCCACAUGUGCAGCAGUUCCAGGAUUUCUGAGACCAAAAUAAUUCUUAACUGAGUUUUGAAGUGAGAUUUGUAUUUAGGAUGAAAAUUAGAACAACAGAUCUGCUUCUUCAGUUACAUUAAUGUAACUUCACAAAGUGUCGUCAAGCUUUUGGGCUCCCUGAAGCACCUGAUUUAUCCAUAAAGGAGAUGCCAUAUGCUUACUUAAAUUAAUGCAUUUAAAAUCUUUUUAGCGUGUAAAUAGUGGUGUUGGUCUUACAUAUUUCAAGAAAAAGAUAGCUGCACUUUUUUUUUGCACAUUGGAUUCAAUGCAACAAACAUCAGAACAUUUUUAACCAAUAUUAAAGAUUGUCGGUCCAAAUGUUUUGAAGUAUAUUUCAUCACUGAUUAUGGUUUUAAGUAGAAGUUGAUUGCCUUUCAUGCUGUAAAUCAGAAAUACAAAUUCUGUUUCAGAUUUGGUGUACUAAAUAUUUUUUUAACCAUUUCUUUAGGACUAUAUUGAAAUGCCAACAGUUGUUUGAAUUCUGUAAGAAAGUAGUAGUUACUUUGGAAUAUGUACAGUUGUAGAAAAUGCCAACUUAAAAUUCAUGUUCUAUUGCUAGGAUUUUUCUUUUUUUUUAAAUCCAUUAAAAUUUCAUAGCUUGUGGCAUUAACACCUGUAGUUACUAUUGUGGGAGGAAUUUUACUUUUUAAAUUGGUAUAUAUGUUAUGCCCAAGAUUAUAGAAUGAAGAUGCUACCUUUUGAAAAAAUUUAUUUAUUGGUAAAGUGUUUAGUUUAAAACUAAUUUAAUUUCUUGAAAGUCAUUUAUUCUGUACUAAAAAUAGUCCUGUCACUGUUUGUGUGCUCUUAGCAAGAGGGGACCUGACUGCUGUUCCUAGGCUGUUUUAACCAAAGCAAAGGAAAAGUAAUUCAACAUCUUUUCAGUAGCUACUUCAAAGCAUAUUUUGGGCCUUCAUUUUUGUAUAUAAAAGAAAAUGUACUUCUAUCAUUCCUAUUUUCAUUUUUUUAUGGCAACAUUCCCUACAUCUAGGCUUCCACCAAAAUCUAAACUCCAUACUGUCUUAAACAUGAUUUUUACAGUUGCAAGUGUGAAAUGUGAUACUAAUUCCUAUUGAAACCACAAAAUCAUGGUGGUACCCCUUAAAAAGAAAGUUUAAUUUUCACCACUCUGUAUUAUGUCUUCAUCGCUUGGCCUGUUGUGCAUAAGAAAUGUACUUAUGUCUUGAUUUCUACCAUUGGUACUGCGUGUUAGCCUGUAUGCUUACUUUGGGCGUUUUUGUCUUUUGAUGGCAGCAAAGUUACAGCAUGGCAGCUGGUCCUGGUUCAUAACACUGCUGCUCUGCGCAUGCAGCCCGCUGCCCUCAUCCCUCAGAU